GCCUCAACAAAUUAAACCCCAAAACCCCUCUCUCUAUCUUUAAUCCACUGAAAUUGAUGAGAAUUACCCAAACCUCCAUUUUGGUGAGAUCUGCAGUUAACUUUGUUAAACCCUAACCUUAACUUUCCCUUUUCCCCUUCUGAGCUCCAAAAUGGAAGCCUUUCAUUCCCCCUUUCCAUAUGGGUUUCCCACCAUCUGUGGGACCACAAACCCAUCAUCAUCCCCAAUUGCCACUCCUUGGAUGGACACUAGAAUUUGGAGUAGACUCCCUCAGAGGCUAAUUGAUAGGGUAAUUGCUUGUCUCCCCCCACCUGCUUUUUUCCGGGCUAGAUUAGUCUGCAAAAGAUGGUAUGCCCUUCUCUUCUCCACCACUUUUCUUCAACUUUAUCUCCAAAUUCCCCACCAUUGCCAUUGGUUCAUUUUUUUCAAGCACAAAACCUUGAAAACCUACAUUUAUAGAAAUGGGUCCGAUAGGGCUAUCCAUGAAGGUUUCCUCUUUGAUCCCUACAAUCUCAAAUGGUACCGCCUUUCAUUCCCUUUGAUUCCGGCGGGGUUUUUUCCGGCCAAUUCCUCCGGUGGGUUAAUUAGUUGGGUUUCUGAGGAGGCUGGGUCAAAGAACGUUAUUUUAUCAAAUCCCCUUGUUGGGUCUUUGAUUCCUAUCCCCCCAACUUUGAGGCCUAGGCUUUUCCCUUCAAUUGGGUUGAACAUCGCGAACUCUUCGAUUGACCUUGUGGUGGCCGGCGAUGACUUGACGUCUCCCUAUGCCGUCAAGAAUCUAACGACGGAGAGCUUCCAUGUGGACGCAAAUGGGUUUUACUCCAUCUGGGGCACCACCUCUUCUCUUCCAAGACUCUGCAGCUUUGAAUCAGGUAAGAUGGUGUUCGCGGAGGGGAGAUUCUACUGCAUGAACUCCAGCCCCUUCAGCGUCCUCUCUUACCACGUCUCCUCCAACACCUGGUCGAAAAUCCAAGCUCCCAUGCGGCGUUUCCUGCGCUCCCCGGGCCUGGUGGAGAGCGGGGGCCGGCUGCUGAUGGUGGGCGCGGUGGAGAAGAGCAAGCUGAAUGUCCCCAGAAGCCUCAGGCUGUGGGCACUGCAGGACUGUGGGAGCCUGUGGGUGGAGAUUGAGAGGAUGCCCCAAGAGCUAUAUGUGCAGUUUUCUGAGGUGGAGAAAGGGGAGGGUUUUAGCUGUGUUGGGCAUGGGGAAUUUGUGGUUAUACUUGUCAAGAACUCAGAUAAGGCUAUGGUGUUUGAUUUCUAUAGCAAGAGGUGGGUGUGGGUCCCUCCUUGCCCCUUUGUCCAUCAAGAUUCUUCUUCUUGUUCAUCAUCAUCCCCCCAUGGUGGAGGGGAGUUGCAAGGGUUUGCAUAUGAGCCCAGAUUGGCUACCCCAGUGGCUGCACUUCUUGAUCAGUUGGCACUUCCCUUUCAGUCUUUCAGUGGUUAAUU